AUGAUUACAAAUAAAUCAAAACAGUGAAAACUUUGGACUGAGGUAAAAGGAACCCCUCCAAGUACCCGAAAUUGCCAUACAUCGACUAUUUUUAACCACUAUAUGGAUAUACAUAAAAUGGCGUAUGGCGACCGACCCACCCUCUCAGUGGUGGUUACCCAUGUAUAUCCGGGCAUGGUUUUUGGAGCCAGGAAUUAGCCCAACAACAUCUGGGACCUCGAAGCGAGAGGCCUAAGCGCGAGAGCCGCUGUUUUUGCGACCAGAUCCAUGGGCAGUUAUUCGUGACUUCUUUUUGCCAGCAGCGCUCAGCCCAGUGAGUGCCCGAAAUGAGGCAGGGUGAAUUACCUGCCUAAGCUGCUUUAGUGGCUCGCCCCGAAUGGCGAAAGCUGUUGAGUUAUUUCUCGGGAUGACCGGAAAAGAGGGGAGGCGAGUUAGACACCAAAACGGGGUCUCUCCAGUUGAAAAGGUGCCCUUCAAUGGGUAGAUCUGGCGGACGACGAAGCGGAGUUGGCGUAAACUUAGGCGACGAUCCAAGUUGGAAAUGGAGGUGGUCAGCAAAGCCGGUAUAAGACGGCCCUUGACAAUGCCUCUACCGAGAAAACCAGGGGUUUCGGCCCGGGCUUGGUGAACGCUCUGCCACCACACGGGAAACCGUGGCAUGCGACCUCGGACGUAGUAGGGACCUUAAAUACCCAGCGUAAUCUUAAUCUUAAUCUUAUUUUUUAAACUACUAUAUGAUUAUUUUUGGAGGAAAAGAAGGAGAAGGCCACAAGCGCCUUAUCAAUGAUAUUCAUGCGUUGGAUCUAGAAAAUAAAGAAUGGCUGUCUGAUAUACAAAUUAGAGGAAAUCCCCCUGAGCCCCGUACGGGACACACAGCAGCUUUAUAUGGAAAACUUAUUAUUAUUUCUGUGCUAAAUUUGCAGAAAAUAUUUUAAUAAUAUUUUUGGGAUCAUGGUGCAGAAUUCAGUAUAAUAAGGCAUAUCAUUUAUGGAGGCUGAAAUGGUUCCAAGCUUUUGAAUGAUGCUCAUUUCCUAGAUCUAUCAGAGGGAAUCAGAAAUCCUGAAUGGCAAGAAAUAAAGCCAAGAGGCGAAGCAACGCGACGCCAAUUUCAUACCGCAAAUGUAAUAGGAGCUAAGAUGUUUGUUUUUGGAGGGGGCGAUGGAAAAUUAUGACUUAAUGAUUUAAGCUAUUUAGACUUAAACACACUAGAAUGAAGGUCAUGCCAAGCUUCAGGCCAUAUUCCUCCAGGAAGAUUGCAGCAUACUGCUAUAAGUGUAGGCAGAUUUAUAUACGUUUUUGGCGGAGAGCCAGACAGACAUCGCCAGCUUAAUGAUAUGUAUGUUCUAGAUACUAAAAUUUAUAACUGAAAGCAAAUCAAUUUCCACGGUUGCAUGCUGCCUCCUUCUCCUAGGGUUUCUACGACAAGCUGUCUUAUCAAUAAAGCUAUCUAUUUUUUCGGAGGAUAUGAUGGCACAGAAUGGCUAAAUGAUACUUGCUCAUUUGAUACUGUAACUCAGCAGUGAAUUAUCCCAGAAAUCUCUUAUGAAGGAGAAGUCCCAGAGCCCAGGUGCCGCCACACUUCAAAUUUUUACCAAGGAAAAAUUAUUGUGUUCGGUGGAAAUGACUGUGACAGAAGUUUUAACGAUUUACACAUCCUUCCUAUUAUGGAGCGCCAAACAUAUACAUAAAAUGGCGUAUGGCGACCGACCCACCCUCCCAGUGGUGGUUACCCAUGUAUAUCCGGGCAUGGUUUUUGGAGCCAGGAAUUAGCCCAACAACGUCCGGGACCUCGAAGCGAGAGGCCUAAGCGCGAGAACCGCUGUUUUUGCGACCAGACCCAUGGGCAGUUAUUCGUGACUUCUUUUUGCCAGCAGCGCUCAGCCCAGUGAGUGCCCGAAAUGAGGCAGGGUGAAUUACCUGCCUAAGCUGCUUUAGUGGCUCGCCCCGAAUCGCGAAAGCUGUUGAGUUAUUUCUCGGGAUGACCGGAAAAGAGGGGAGGCGAGUUAGACAUCGAGACGGGGGUCUCUCCAGUUGAAAAAGGUGCCCUUCAAUGGGCAGAUCUGGCGGACGACGAAGCGGAGUUGGCGUAAACUUAGGCGACGAUCCAAGUUGGAAAUGGAGGUGGUCAGCAAAGCCGGUAUAAGACGGCCCUUGACAAUACCUCUACCGAGAAACUGGGGGUUUCGGCCCGGGCUUGGUGAACGCUCUGCCACCACACGGGAAACCGUGGCAUGCGACCUCGGACGUAGUAGGGACCUUAAAUACCCAGCGUAAUCUUAAUCUUAAUCUUAAUCUUAUGGAGCGCCAAACAAAUAUAAGGGAAAGCGAACUAGUCCAAAAUAUGAAAAAUUUAUUAGACUCUUCAACAUUUUCAGAUAUAACUUUUAUUGUAGAAGGAAGAGAAAUAAAAGCACAUAAAAAUAUUUUAUACACACGAUGUGAGCAUUUCAAAGUUAUGCUGACUAGUGGAUUAAGGGAGUCUAUAGAGUCUGUUAUAGAGAUACCAAAUAUUUCUUACGAAGUGUUUAAUGCGGUUCUUGUGUUUAUUUAUACUGAUUGGGUCGAUCUAGAUGAUGAUUUAGCUCCGAGAUUGCUAGAAGCUGCAAAUAUGUUUUUAUUGAAAAGGCUUAAAAAUCUGUGUGAAAAUUAUAUGGCGCAGAUCAUUUCGCUGGAAAAUUUGAUUGACUUUAUUUGUUUGGCGGAAAUUCAUCAUGCUACGGAGCUUAAGAGGGUGUGCAUGGAAUAUGCGAUGGAGCACUUUGAAAUUGUGGUAAAGCUGCCGAAUUUUGAGAAUCUAUCAAAAAAAGUGAUGGUAGAGCUCCUUCAAAUGAUAUAA